UCGCCCCUUUGGACUUGGGGUUGGCUGAAGGCAGACUUCCGGUGACCCGCUUCCGUUACUUGCGGCUGUGAACUGUGGGCCGCCGGGGUCGGUGAAGAACCUCAAGAUGGCUGGGCGAAAACUUGCUCUAAAAACCAUUGACUGGGUGGCUUUUGGGGAGAUCAUACCCCGAAACCAGAAGGCCAUUGCUAACUCCCUGAAAUCCUGGAAUGAGACCCUCACCACCAGGUUGGCCACUCUACCUGAGAAUCCACCUGCUAUCGACUGGGCUUACUACAAGGCCAAUGUUGCGAAGGCUGGCUUGGUAGACGACUUUGAGAAGAAGUUUAAGGCACUGAAGGUACCUGUGCCAGAGGAUAAAUACAGUAGCCUGGUAGAUGCAGAAGAAAAAGAAGACGUGAAAAGUUGUGCUGAGUUUCUGUCUAUGUCGAAGACCAGGAUUGAGCAGUACGAGAAAGAGCUGGAGAAGAUGAGGAACAUAAUUCCAUUCGAUCAGAUGACCAUUGAGGACUUGAAUGAAGUCUUCCCAGAAACCAAAUUAGACAAGAAGAAGUAUCCCUACUGGCCUCACAAACCAAUUGAGAAUUUAUAAACUGGAGUCUGGCCCUUGUGUUAUAAACUCGACAUUAAAAGUAAUUAUAUAGUG